GCCUCCUCCUGCCUUUGGGAGCCGGAGGCCUUUCUGCGCCGGGCUCCGGAGCCCCGGGGAUGCCCGCCUAACGGUCCGGCUCAGGUGUACCCGGGCCGUGCGUGGCCGGCAGUCGGUAGGCGGGUCUCAGGGAGAUGCGCUCGCGGUGACUGCGAGAUGCCCAGGUCGCUGCUCGCCCCAGCCACGCCUGCUCCCAGGCCAGGAGCCAGCUCUGUGUCUGCAGGUGCUGUGCAGCCUGGGGGGCUGGCUCUCGCUCUACAUUUCUUUCUGCUGCCUGAAUAAGCACCGAAGCUAUGAGUGGAGCUGCCGGCUGGUUACAUUCACCCAUGGAGUCCUCUCUAUAGGCCUCUCAGCUUAUAUUGGCUUCAUUGAUGGCCCUUGGCCUUUUACCUACCCAGGCUCACCCAAUACACCUCUCCAAGUGCACAUUCUGUGUCUCACCUUAGGCUACUUCAUCUUCGACUUGGGUUGGUGUAUCUACUUCCAGUCUGAGGGGGCCCUGAUGCUGGCUCACCACACACUAAGUAUCUUGGGCAUCAUCGUGGCUCUGGUGCUUGGAGAGUCAGGCACAGAGGUCAAUGCAGUCCUCUUUGGAAGUGAGAUUACUAAUCCCUUGCUACAGAUGCGCUGGUUUCUUCGUGAAACAGGGCACUACCAUAGUUUCACUGGAGAUGUGGUGGACUUCCUGUUUGUGGCUCUGUUCACUGGAGUGAGGAUAGGCUUAGGAGCUCACCUCCUUUUCUGUGAAAUGGUCUCAUCCAAGCCCAAGUGGUUUAUGAAGGCUGGGGGGAUAGCCAUGUAUGCUGUGUCUUGGUGUUUCAUGUUUAAUAUUUGGCGCUUUGCAUGGAGGAAAAGCAUCAAGAAGUACCAUGCCUGGAGAAGCAGGCGGAGUGAAGAGCAGCAACUAAAACAUAAUGGACAUCUCAGGAUGCACUAGCCAAGGUUUACUCUGACUAAUGGGUUGAGUUGUCAUCCAUGGGAACCCGGUUGGAAAUAUGGCUGUUAUGGAAUCAUGUUUAUAUAACAAACUUAGGUUUCAAAAAGGGCUAAAUUUAUCAAACAGUUUUCAAGUGGAGCACAUACCAGUAUUAUAACACUAACUUCUAGAGUGAUGCAAAGUUGUAGAAAGUGAGAUUAAUCAGUGGUAGUUGUUGAGUAAGUCAGAACUGCAUUCCUUUAGUUCGUGGUGAUCUGGGUCCUUCUGUCCCUGGGAUACUUGAUGUUCGUUCAGACAGCUUAGAAAAGGACUCUGAAAAGAUUAGUGCUAUUUCCUCCUUAUUCCUUUGAAAAGUGACUCUUUCAACAAACACUAUCCUGCUUUCUAUGUAGCAAUUUAAAUACAUUCACCCCGUUUACUAUAAAAUGAGGAACUUUUAGGAAGAUAUAUGGCUUUGGCAUUUUGAGCCCAGUGGGAUCACGCAGGAUGUGCUUAAUUCCUGUAGCAAUGAUUUGUGACAAUAUGUGUGAAAUGUCUACCAAGGAAGUCCUUUAGAGACUCAGUGUCCAAGUUUUUCAUUGGGGUCUGGUCAUAUAGGCAGCCUUUGCCUGGCAUGUAGCAAAAUUCCUGAUUCCCAGAAGGAAAGUAGGUAUUAGGCAUAGCAAGCCAGUCUUAUCAGUUAAUGGCUGCAGCCCUUCCAAAAUCUGUGUUCCCAGAUGCCAGACAAGGGCCAACCUUUCCAAGGACAGCAGUUCAGGCCUGUUAACUCUUUUCUGUACAAAACCAUAGACCUGGGUCUUGGAUGAGAGAUGAAUGAGGUGUGGGCAGAUUUACCGAGACUUGUAAGGGUUCUGCUGUUCCAGGUGAACCAUGCCUGUUCUCAGGAUUUUGUGCAUUAAUCUCCUAAGCAUGAGAGGCUGUGACUAAAUUCCAUAGGGAUUUACCAUGUGGCUUCCACUGUGCUUGAAAUGGCAGUUCAGAUUUCAGGUCUGCUAUACAUACUGCAAACUAGAACCAAAGACUAAAGUGUGUACUGGCCCCAGGGUAAUGAGGCUUUUUUUUUCUCCAUCCCCCCCUCCGCCCCCGCCCCUUUUGGAUACAUAUCCUUUUAGUCUUCUUACUAUUUGUUUUGUCUGAAACAAGUACUACUAUCUAUGGACAAAAUACAAGGUCAGUCUUGGAAGGAAAAAAAAAAUUCCUAGUGUGAUACUCUCUAAUCUCACCUAGGAGAAAAGCAAGAAUGUAAGUUUAGAAUAAGAGGUUUGGAAUCAAGAAUUCCUGGGUUCUUUUAAAGAAUUUUGCUACACGCUUGCCAGAUCAUUGGGCAGGUCACUUGUUUACUCUUUGCCUCAGAUUAAAUUCUGUUGUGAAUGAAUGAAAUACCCUGUUGUGUAUUUCAUAGAGACAUUAUUUUAAUAAUGGAGGUCUUUAAUGUAGGGCUUUUAUGAAAAAGUAAAGUAUUAUUUAUUUAUAUGUUUAUUUGAUUAUGUUAUUCAGAUCAGUGGUGAUGGGUGAGCAAGUGUAUGGGGCUAUUAAAGUUAAGGCUGAAGGUCAAUAGGAACUGUCAGCGUAUUCUAUGGUCACUGGUAAUAUUAACCUUAUGAAUGGUCUUGAAAAUGGAUGUCAUUGGCCAGGCAUGGCAGUGUGGUUGGAGCCACAUAAAUUUGUCAUUGUUCCCAGCAAAGCAACUUUAAAGGCAUGUUAACAGUGGGUCUUUUAAAAUGACUCAUGUGGUUAAACAGUUUUGGUGGACAUGGAAAUAACCUCACAGUAAUAUCUCCAUCUCUUUUUUUCUAUGAUCAGUAUCCCUAAAAUGCUAGCUAGUUUCAACAAAAUUGUGGUCAAAGUAGGAUGCUAGGGAAUGCUGAUUUUAGCAAAGGCCUAGUUAAAAAGUGUGGCUUGGUGCAUGAGCUUAAAAACAAAAGAAAAAGCUGGCUCUUAAAUUUUGGCACAGUGCAACCUGUUCCAUACCAGACAAAUGAAUAGGCUUAAUUUGGUACCAAUUCUUUUCUCCUUACUCCUCAGAAGUGAAGGAAUUGCAGAUCUUGCUGUUUUGGGGUACUCUCAUGGGAAUGUAUGAGGGUCUUUUGAAUUUUUAGAAACCGAAUGAUAAGGAAAAGAGACUCCCUCAUUUCAGCUUUUCUUAAUGUUGUAGCAAAUAACUGUGAAGGAACCUCUCUGAGAGAAAAAUGUGAAAUGAAGAUGACUUAGCAGUUAAGAUGCUGAAUUUUUACAUCACUGGUAAAUGAAGGGCUAAUUAACAUUGUGGUAUGGUCAGACAAAAUGAUGUACUUAUUUGCAUUUGGGUUACUAUGUAAUAAUGAACACUGCUCAAGAGGAUUUAUAUUUCAAUAAGAUUUGUACUAAAUUUUAUAAAAAUAAAUAAC